UGAGGACCAUCGCAACGCUCCACGUUUCCAAAUAGCUGCCAACGACCCAGGCGAUCCUCGGCUCUCUGUUCAUUGGUAGCCUGAGACGUCCAUCACUGGGAGACAACUCGGGGGCCUUUCCCUAUCCGCGUUGCCAGUCGGAAGUGGAAAUGAUUCCCUCGUACUCCAUUGGACCGUCGUGCCGUCAGUCGCGCUGCCGAAGUGCUCGCAGCGCUCCCCGGCUCUCGGAGGUCUGAGAGCGCCGUCAUAUUGGCUGCUAGUGCUAGCUCGGCGGAGAAGAAACCGCCUGCUCCUGCGAAGAAUGGGAGUUAGUUGCUUGAAUUUAAUUCGGCCUUUUAAAUGAUUUGAACUGGAACCACACCAUGCUUUAAAGAACUCGGGAUGACACCUUCUGGUAUCGUCGGACAUUCUGCGCUUUCGUCGAUGCGGUGGCCAAGCCUAAAGGAUACAUGCCUGCUUCCUUUCAAUAGCCCUUUUUUUGCAGACAAAGAGGGCUGUUGAAUAGGGCUCUCAAAACAGCACAAGGGUCCCCGGGGCUCUUGUUGAAAACAUAUACGGCAAUAUGUGGAGCAACCUGAAAAGCAAAUGCCAAACUUUCUUUCACAACAGCUCGGGAUCUACUGAAGGCAGGAGUGAGGAAGAUGCCGUCCACUGUGUACUGGAUCUCAGCCAUGGGAGUGCGUCAGGUGCGACUCAAGCAUCUGAAUUCUCCAGUUCAUCAAGUAGCCUCCUUCCAGUGCCAAUGGUAACAGUAGGACGUCGUCAUCACAACUGUGUCUCAGACACACCUCAGAUAGUAGAGAUCACUAUCGAUAAGGAAUCAGAGGAUGUAGGUGCGGGACUAGGGGUUGUCCCUUUGGCUCGCAGAGACUCUUAUUCACGUCAUGCUCCUUGGGGGGGCAAGAAAAAACACUCAUGUUCCACAAAAACUCAGAGUUCAUUAGAGGUUGAUAGGCGGUCCGGGCGCUUGCGAGGAAGUGGAAACCGCAGAGACAGACGUUGUGGAGCUUGUUCUAUUCAGGAGAUGAGCGACUCUUUGUCUGGAGGACGCAGUUUGAAUGGUCGAUCAUUACGCCAGCGACUCAGUGACACUGUAGGCCUUUGCUUACCACUACCUGCUCACAGGCGCUCUUCAAAGAACUCUGUUAAUUCCAAACGGAAAAUUCACCUGACUGAGCUUAUGCUGGAGACCUGCCCCUUCCCACCUGGUUCAGACCUUGCCCACAAGUGGCACUUAAUCAAGCAACACACAGCACCAGUCAGUCCACAUUCCUCCACAGCUCUGUUGGAAUCCUUUGAUUCAGUGCACCCCUCUCCUGAGGAUGAGGAAGAACGUCUGCGUGAACGCCGUAGACUUAGCAUCGAGGAAGGUGUGGACCCACCACCUAAUGCACAGAUCCACACCCUUGAGGCUUCUGUGCCAGGCUCGUCUGUGUACAAACUGGGACCAAAGAUGGCUCCUGGCAUCGGGGAAGCCUCUGGUGAGGCCCGAGCCUCAGGAACUGGUAGCUCUCUGGGAGCCUCAACAUCGGGGGCUUGUGGGCAGGUGUCAGGGGCUACAGUUUCAGCUCAGGACACUGAUUCCGAGGAGGACUCAACAACCCUCUGUCUACAGGCCAGAAGACCAAAACAAAGGCAUGCGUCUGGGGAAGGUCACCUGAGCAGACAGCAGCCCGGGUCCUGGAAGGUUCACACCCAAAUAGACUACAUCCACUGCCUGGUGCCAGAUUUAUUGCAGAUCACAGCUCUGCCCUGCUACUGGGGUGUAAUGGACCGCUACGAAGCCGAGUCACUUUUGGAUGGGCGUCCUGAGGGCACUUUCCUGCUACGUGACUCCGCUCAGGAGGACUACCUUUUCUCUGUCAGCUUCCGCCGUUACAACCGCUCACUGCAUGCCCGCAUUGAGCAGUGGAACCACAACUUCAGUUUCGACGCACACGAUCCUUGUGUUUUUCACUCUUCCACUGUCACAGGACUGCUGGAGCACUACAAGGAUCCAAGCGCCUGUAUGUUUUUUGAACCUUUGCUUACAGCGCCUCUCCAUCGGACCUUUCCCUUUAGUCUGCAGCACUUUGCACGAGCUGCCAUCUGCCGCUGGACCACUUACGAUGGGAUAGGCUCUCUGCCGCUGCCCCCCGCCUUGCAGGACUUUCUCAAGGAGUAUCACUAUAAACAGAAAGUACGAGUCCGCUGGCUGGAACGGGAGCCACCGCUAAAGGUCAAAUAAGGUUCUAUGUCCAAAGCCUAUAAAAACUAUGGAGGAAGAUUACAGAACGUGAUGAAUGGCUCAUUAAAACUUGUACUGACGGACGUACUGAUUUCAUCUUUCCACGGGAGGUUGGAAUUCUAAUGUAACAACAUAUACAAGAUUCAUUCUAAUCUUUAUUUUAGUUAUUACUUACUGAAAAGCAUAUUAUAUUCUGUGUAGUGCUGCGUGGCAAGCACAAAUUAUUGAAUUCAGUGAUAUAUAAAAAUGAAUAUAUACACUAUAUAAAUAUUUUAGAUGAGGGCUGGGAGGAGUGGCACAAAUCUCAAAUGUUUUGUGUUAUUUACCUCGUGCUUUGCCCUAAACGUCUGCCUGAUCCCAAAACAUCACCCUGCCUGUAGACCUGCAUGCAUGCCUCCCUUUCCAUCCCAAUCAGUUCAAAUAGCUAGUUAAACCCACAUACUGUAGCUACUUUGUACAGGUCACUUUUAAUGCACUCAAUUGUUAUUCUUGUCAAAACACAUCGGGGAGCACCUUUCCAAGAGGGCUUUAAGGUGCAUUGUUGUGAACGCAUCAGGAAGUCCUACUGGUGUAUUGCAGUCCAAGCUUGUCUCAUGGAUAAAGCUACAUAAGCCACAUUCUUUGCCACCUCUUUGCACAUGAGCAUUAGCUAAACUAGAGACAGGGAAGGAUUCUGUGAGGGUCCACAGAGUUCAGUAGAUCAGGGAAAUUGUGCUUUUAAAAGAUUAUAGAUUGAACACGUGUUUCUCCAAAAACAGUGAUGGUGAAUGAUAAAUAAUAAACCAGCUUAUUGUGUCCUACAUUGUAAGGCAAACUUGUCAACUUUAUUCUCAUUGUAUUGAUUGAUUUUGGCUUUUACUGCAAGCACACAUACAGUACAUUUCUUCUUGGUUGAAACUGAACUGUCUUACAGAAAUCUUUCAUUUUGAUUAUGACUUCAUGCUUUACAGACACUUUGAACAUUCUAGAGCGGAAACUGGGUCACAUUUCAAGAAGUUUUAGAAGAAAAUCAAUGAACAUUUAAUGGAUUUGCAUAAUGUUUCCAUCAAACUUCCAUUUUGUUGCAAGCCAACCUGCACAGUGCAGUGCAAGUCAUUUGAGGUGCUGGCACAAUGGUGCUGAUGUCCUUUACGUUCAACUGUCAGAAGACACCCACUCAACAUAAAAUCAAUUCUUGUGUAACCUAUGUGCCUUUUGUAGUUAACUGUUUAUCUAGUUUCUUUAGUGAUAUAAACCUAGACCAAGUGGUGCUGAAUCACAUUCUGAUGCCGUCAAAUCAGACAGAAAUCUUAAAUAACAAAGAGGUGUGUGAGCGCCAAGCUUUUUUUCCUUGUUGGAGCACAUAAGAUCUUUGUAAACUAUGUCUGUUUACCGGUGCUGCUUGGAUAAGCUAUAAAAAAUGAAUUGAGGGUUGCACUGCCAAGGUUAUGGUUUCACUCACAUCUGGCAAUGUCACGCCAAAACUACUUGGGCAUUCCUCAUUGAUUCAAAAGCAUCCGUUGGAACAAAACAUAUUUUCAAAUAUUGGCCUUGAAAGAGACAUGCACUUUCAGUGUUGACUAGUAUGCAUUGCUUUCUCCAGUUACACUUGUGGGGCAGCGAAGAAAGACUUUGUGGGUCCAAUACCAGCUCUUCUGUAGCAUAUAUUUGUGAUUUUCAAUCCCUAAAUUCUGCUUUUGUCUGGCAAAACUGAACCUAAUGAGUUCCUUCAUGGCUUCACAGUAGUUGUGGAGUACAAAACAAGCAUACGCAAGUCUCAUCGGCGAAGUCAUAGAAAGCACAAGCUAUCUUUUUUAUCACAUCCACAAGAGCCUGCAUUCUCGUUGUCUCCCCCUUCGACAAAUGGACAAAGUUUUUCGCUAAGUAGAAUCACAGCUGACCUGGACAUUGGAAAGUUCUCUUGCCGUUCCUCUGGCACAACACACUCGUUGACUAACAUAUCCCACCAGGCAGCCGUUCUUCCAGGCCUUAUCCAAAACCGCCCCUCAACAUUGCUAUGUUGCAGUCUGAGAUGUGAUGUAUCCGAAAUGGCUGCAAUCGCGCGUUUCCUUCUCUUAAGGUAUUCAUGUGUGAUUUCUACAAGCGCCUGCACAUGUAGAAGAAGGAGAAACAUGGGCAUGUCUGGAUGAUUCACCUCCAUUUUCUAUUGAUUACCUCCGAGUAGAAACCGGUUGUUAUGAAGCUGGUUGUGACGCGUUCUUUCUGACGCCACUUCCUCUCUGAACUCCUUUUAUAAACGAUCAAUGAGUCCAUACAGAGCUAAGUGCUGGCGAUUCAAGAAAUGGACGGUGCUCUUAUCCGUGUAAAAAAUUAUCCAAGGAGGGGAACCUUAAACGAUGGGUUUGUGUGGCUGACACAGGGUUUCGGCUAAAUAAUUAUUUGUUUAAGGAGUCAUCCGGCAUAAUAUACACAGGGCCUAAAUCUAAGUGUCAGGAAAGAUGUUCUCACUAAAAAUCACCCUAGCUAUCAGUGCUGAAAUAAAAUCAUCAGCAUUAACUUGAAAUGUCAAUGUUUCACAUCACUGUUUAAAAAUGUAUUGACUUGAAUGAUAAGCUUUGUGUUACUUAAUACCAUUGAACAAUGGCAAGAAGAAAUUCUAACGGUGCUUAAUUGCUUAAUGUUAAUAUUUUGUCAGCGGCAGAUUAUUGCAUUUGUCAUCAGUGAGGAGAAAUUACAUUGUUUUUGUCUGCCAUUGUAGAAGAGUCUGUGACCAAAGUCAACUACAUUUGUGUCAACUAGUAAGUAAAGAGUGCUGUCGGGAUUUUGCAAAAUCCCCUUCAAAGUCAUUUUCAGCAUUCUUCAGUAUUCACAAGUAGACUAUUCCUUUUUUUGGGGUAAAUACACUUGAUAUUACUAAUCAGGAAACACCAUAUUUUCUGCUAAAACCUACGCCCAAGUAUAAUGAUACUUUUACAACUCGUUUGGCUUCAUUUGUGUACAUUUAAUAUGAAAAUGUCUCAAAUUCUUAACCAAUAUUUAGUUGUCUCCACUCUUCUGUGAAGUAAUCAGAAUAUACGUAACAUUUUUGCUUAAAAAUAUGUCAUUAUUUUAAGAAAAACUGCAAGAGUGGCUAUAUUGUCAGAAAUAAAAAGCCCUGCACUUAUAUUGUGUCAGAAUUUAAAUGACCUCUGUACUCGCUCUGCUUCUUACUCCUUAUCAAUAGAAUCACUAUUUGCAGUAUUUAUUAGUAGUGCUUACUGAACAGAUUACCGUUGCCAUUUGAAUGAAAAAGGUUGUUUUAGUUAUUCCAGUACUCAAAUUAUUCAACCUCCAUAAUAAAUUGCACAGUACAAACUUCAAACAGAUGUUGAGCUAAUUUUAUAGGUGUUAUUGGUUUAUUUCCAACUACUGCAAGGAUAUACAUUGCAAAAAACAACAUUUGUAACAAGGGUUGAAUAAUUUGGAGUUGGACUGUAUAUCUCCAUGUGUUCAAGUGUGAGCCGUAGAGGACCUGACCUCACUGGUGUUCAAGUCUCAGGGUAAGGUGUCGACUGAAGUUAAGGAGCUAGUUAAAGUAAUGGCUAUGAUCCAGAGUGCUUCUGACCAUUCAGACCACAGUCUUUUCCCUUGUUUAGCCAUGGGAAAUGUCUGCAGAAGAUCACAUUUUUAAACACUCAUUUCCUCGUCAAAAUAUAAAUUCCGCGUUUUUUUAAAUGAAAUAUUGUAUCAUGCAAGGAUAGGAGUCGAAGGAGUGUCAAAAUAUGGAGUGAACUUCAUUUUUUUAUCAGCAAUCAAGCACUAUCUAAAACAUCCGUGACUUCUCUGCGCAACACACAACACCGGAAAUGUGUCCCGUGCAAACCCGUCCAACCAGAACUCUUAACAAUAACAACAGUUUUGUGGAUGAAUAAUGUAAACCCACUACAAUAUAAAAAAAUAGGAUGCAAACAAAAUGUGUUGAAUGCUCGCGUUAGCUGCAGGUACUCGCUGAUUUCAGGACAGGGGCGCCUGAACAAGCUCGCUAGUUAGCAUCAUCUAGCUAUCUUGUCGCCGCCGUUCGCUCUCCGAGCCACAAUGUUCACUUUGCUGCUAAUCGUAUUUGGAUGAUUACAAUCCAAACACUCUUAGUUCCUAACCAGUUGUAGUUCUAGAGCAUUUAUCAAUAGCCAGCGAGAAAAUAUAUUUUUGACGUAACUGCUGUAAACAGACGUCACAACACUGGAAGUGUACUACCCGAGAAGGUGUGGCUGUAGGAUGGAGUUGCCAACGUUUUCUGGGGUUUUUUUGCAUGCAUGUUAUAGAACUUUACAUUACAUUUUCAAUGAUAAUGUUAGUACAUUUCCUAAGAAAAACUUAAAUUUCUGUGGUACAUUAAAUUGGAUUGUCAAAAAGCCAACCAAAAGAUUGAAAAGAGGUUGGUAGAUGAGAACCUAUCUUAAAGUGAAAUAUAGUGUAGAAAAGUGUACCCAAUUGCUGGAAACGUAGUCUCGAUUUUCAAAAUGCUCUUUGGGGGGUUGCUUAGGAUCACUUCGGCAGAUAGAAAUGUUCCUUUUUUUUUGUCAGUUGUCCUCUUUUUUUUCUCAAAGGGUGCUCACAUUAAACGAAUAGCACUUUGUGUAUUUGUGGAAUGCAGUAUAACUGCUGAGUAGAAUAAACCCUCCGUGAUUUCGCGAACUGUUCACGACCUUGCAACUUUGUCCAAUUUUUGUAACCCCCCUCACAUUUGGGCCAGUUAUCAAAUUGUAUCACAAUAGACACUUAAAAAAUCAGGGAUCUUAAAACGUGCCCCGCACUUGAGUUUAAUGUGUAAAUGACACGUUUUGUUAAUUUGUUGAAAUUCUGUGCUUUUUGGGGUUAAGGUUACAUAGAACACUUAAACCAUUGACACAAAUUAUUAGAACCAUAAGCUGAUCCAAUGUCAUUAAGCCUCAAAACACUGCAUUUUUGUGAAAAAACUGAUGCGGACUCGGACAAUACUGGUUUUAGGACAGUGAUGCCUGGAUAAACAGGUUCAAAUAAUUGCUACAAAACAGUAUUUGUGGAGUUGGAAAGGAAUCGUCAAAAUCCUGUACUUUUUUUUUUUUUACAAGCCAAUUAGUAAAGAUACUAGGUAAUGAGAGAACCAUGAUUACUCUAAGUAGCAUUUUUCCAACUAAGGAAUAUAUCAAGAACAGCUUAUGUUACCAUUAGUGGUUUAACACAACUUGGCAUACACAAGCCAGUCCCAGACAAGCAACAGUCAAGGUUAUUAUGAUGGUAAUUAGUAGCUGAACUUUGGCAAAUCGAUAUCUUAGCUGACAACAAACAUAACGUGUGUGUGUGUGUGUUUUGUGGGGCGUACUUAGGCAGGAUGCAAUGCUUAAAAACAUUCAAAAGUUAGUGCGUAAAGUUUUCAGUCACUUUAAAUAUAGAGAAUUAUAUGACUGAUAUUUUAAAUAUAUAAAUUAAGACUAAGAAAAAUAAUAUAAUUUUCUCUGUGUAAAAUUUAGAAUUUAUUAGUAUUUCCAUAACAUUUUGGGUUUAAUUCUGACAAACUUCAAAUGACUGUUUUUAAAGUUUAGGCCAGUUUUUUUGAGGAACCUUCAUUGUCAAACUGAAUUAAAAUGGAAAGAUAGGUGUCAUGUUAUAAUACCUACUGGCUGGGCUGUACUUGUAGUGUAAAGCAAGACUUGGAAAACCUUAUUUAGAUUCAAGCAACAAAAGCUGCGUGAUUGCAGUUUUGAGUCACACCUUUCUGCCGACUCAGCGUUUGAGUGUUGACUGUGAGGGUCAAUGGCUCGUAUGAACACUCUGCCCCACUCCUUUUUACACUCGAGCAGGCCCAGUCCAGGAAAGGCCUCCCAAAUAUUUGGAAGUAUUCACAUAUAAAACAAAUGUCACUCAAGAAAAACAAACCAUUGUUGUAAUGUACUAUGUAGUAAAUUACUACAGUCAUGGAAUCUAAAAAGACACAAUUGAUUAACUCAAGAACAUAGAUUUUCCAUAGUUUUUAGACAUCUGUUGUCAAUUCUGUAUGCAUUUCGACACCGUCCUUACAUGCAAUGGAGUGUAACGUUUGCGAUCCUGCCACUUUACUGCUAUGUCCAUGAUAGUGCAGCAAAAUGAUGGCAACUAAAGAACUUCCUAUCGCCCUGUGUCGCCCAGACUGACUCAUUCUGAUCCCUUUAAAUGUAGGACUGCGGCCGCCACAAGGUGACCAAUCACAAGAAUAUCGCUUUUUAUAUUUCUCCUGCUUACCUACAUUUUUUUUCAGCCAGGUAUGAUUUAUAGCGUGUAAAUGGCAUAAUAAUCAUGUUCAUGUUUCGCUGUUCUGUGUGUUUGCUUCAUCAGUCAUAAACAGCAAAAAAAAAAAACUGUUUUUCAAUGUAACAUGUUCAUUUGAAAGAUGCGAUACAUAUGUAGCUGUCACUCUUGGUGCUUGGCUUCUGCUUCAUUGUCUUAAUAUUCCAAUAAAAGUGUAAAACCACA